CAAAAACGCAUCGUAUUCUUUCACAUUUUUGCAUCACAUUCGUUUCCUUGAAUCCCUCUGUCAGAGAGAGAGAGAGAGAGAAAGAGAGUCAUAGAGAGAGAAUGUUCCAUGCUAAGAAACCUUCAAGUAUGAAUGGUUCAUAUGAGAACAGAGCUAUGUGCGUUCAAGGCGAUUCAGGCCUUGUCCUCACUACCGACCCUAAACCACGUUUGCGUUGGACCGUCGAACUCCACGAGCGUUUUGUCGACGCCGUCGCUCAGCUCGGCGGCCCCGACAGUAUGCACACACAUAUAUAUUGUCUCGAACGAUUUUAACAAAUAGUAAUAAGAUUUUGAUCGUUUUGUAAUUUACAGAAGCUACUCCAAAGACGAUUAUGAGAGUUAUGGGUGUGAAGGGUCUUACUCUUUACCACCUAAAGAGCCAUCUUCAGAAAUUCAGGCUUGGAAAGCAGCCGCACAAGGAGUACGGGGAUCACUCCACAAAGGAAGGCUCAAGAGCUUCAGCCAUGGAUAUUCAGCGGAACGUAGCUUCUUCCUCUGGCAUGAUGAGUCGCAACAUGAAUGAGAUGCAAAUGGAAGUGCAGAGAAGGUUGCAUGAACAGCUAGAGGUGCAGAGACAUUUGCAGCUGAGGAUUGAAGCACAAGGAAAGUACAUGCAAUCUAUAUUAGAGAGAGCUUGUCAAACCCUAGCCGGUGAGAACAUGGCAGCCGCCACCGCAGCAGCCGCCGCCGGAGGAGGUUACAAGACCAAUUUCGGAAGUACAAGUCUUUCCGCAGCGGUGGGUCCACCUCCUCAUCCUCUUACUUUCCCGCCGUUUCAAGACUUAAACAUGUACGGAAACACAACCGAUCAAGUUCUUGAACAACAUAACUUCCAUCAUCAGAACAUAGAGAAUCAUUACACGACCAACAAUGCUGCAGACACCAACAUUUACUUGGGGAAGAAGCGGCCAAACCCUAGCUAUGGUAACGAUGUAAGGAAAGGACUCUUAAUGUGGUCUGAUCAUGAUCAAGAUCACGAUCUUUCUGGAAACCAAGUCAUCGAUGAUGAGCAUCGGAUUCAGAUCCAAAUGGCUACACAUGUUUCCACGGAUUUGGAUUCUCUGUCAGAAAUUUACGAAAGGAAAUCUGGUUUAUCAUCAGGUGAUGAAGGAAACAACGGUGGGAAAUUACUGGAAAGGCCAUCACCUCGAAGAUCACCAUUGAGUCCUAUGAUGAACCCUAAUGCUGGGUUAAUACAAGGUCGGAACUCACCAUUUGGGUGA